UUUGCUUUUUUGUGUAUAAUUGCGUUCAUUUUUGUAUCGUAUAGAGGAAAUGACAGAAUCGUCGGUUAAAGAUAGUUUUACUGCGGAAUCUAUGACAGUAGAAGAAACGAAUGCACUUCGUCGUUCUUUGGGACUUGCACCGCUUUCAGAAACAGUAGAACCUGUGGAGGAUCCUGCUGUUACUAAUUUUAAAGAGUUUCGAGCGGCAAAAAUUAAAGAAGAGGAGACACGGUUGAUUCAGGAACGAAUUCGAAUGGCCCGAGAAACACGAGAAACACAGCGUCGAUUUACAGGAAAAGGUCUUGGAGAGGCAAGUGAUGAAGGUGAUCUAGAUUUGCGUUCAUGGGUUAUGAAUCAUCGAAAACGUAAUUUUUCUCAUGUUACAGAUAAAGAGAAUGUUGUUAGUGAAAAAUUGGAGAAAAUGCAAAAGAAGGAUAAGAAAGAAGAGUAUACAUCAGAUCAACUUGAGGGAAUAAAAGUGUCUCACGAUUUUACUGAUAUUAACGAGGGAGAGGCUAUAGUUUUAACGCUUAAAGAUAGUACUAUUUUAGAGAAUGAGGAUCAAGGUGAUGAAUUGGAGAAUAUUGGUUUGGUUGAGAAGGAGAAAUUGGAAAAGAAUUUGGAGAACAAGAAGAAAUUUGUUUAUACAGGGUAUGAUGAUGACGAAUUUUCUGAGGAAAAAUCUAAAACUAUUCUUUCUCAAUACGAUGAGAAAGUAAAGAAGGGGUUUGUUAUUGGGAAUGUAUCUCAAGAGCCUCAAGAGGAAAUCUGGAAGAAGGGUCACCAGGAAAUAUUUUCUUUGAAUCAUACAUCUGUUGAAAAUAUAUCAUCGGAUUAUCAAGAUAUUUCUCAAAUUGUUAUUAAAAAGAUCAAGAAGAAAAAAAUAAAUAGGAUGAGGAAGGUUGAUCAUGACUUAAUUGCAGACUCUGUUGAUAUGAAACAUAUAAUGCAAAAUAGCGAUAAUAUGGUAUCUCAUAAGGACUUGAAUUUUGAUAAUGUAUCCUUUGUGGAUGAUGAUGAUUUGCAAGCAUGCCUUGCUCGACAGAGAGAAGCUUCGAGGCGUAAAAAGACUUCGCAUCCUGAAAGUGUUGCGAGAUUAGUAAAAGAACAAAUGUUCGAGGAAUUGAAAGAAAAUGGUGAUAAAAAUGAUGGGGGGCUCGUUAUUGAUGAAACAACGGAGUUUGUUCGUGGAAUCCAAGCUAUUGCACCGAAGGAGAAGCAGAAAGUACUUGAAAAUAUUGAGUAUAUACAAAAUUUGGAAACUCCAGAAAUUGUAGAAGAAAAUUCACAAGAUGAAACAAAAGAAAGUCCUUAUGAUGAAUCUGAUAAAUUUACAAAAAACAUUUCAACAACAGGAAUUGAAGAUGAGGCGGAUAUUAGUUCUGGUGUUGGUGUUGUUUUUAAUUUACUUAAACAAAAAGGUAUUGUUGAUAAGCAAACUGAUGAGGCGUUGUCAGUUCAGAGGGCUCAACAUGAGCAUUCUCUCUUUUUAGCAGAACAAAAGAAGUUAAGGAGAAAAUUAGAAGAAGAAGCUAGAUAUAGAAAAGAAGCGGAUCGUUGCAGUGGAAAAUUAGAUAGAAUGACUCCUCGUGAGAGAGAAUUAUAUCUUCAAGCUGAAAAUCAGCGUCAUGCAAUGAUAGAAGCACGUGAACUACAAAAACUUUUUGCAAAAUGGACACCCGUAAUUCAAUUAAAGUAUAAUGACGAGUUUGGAAGAGAAAUAAAAGACAAAGAGGCAUAUAAAUUUUUGUCUCAUCAGUUUCAUGGGAAAGGUUCAGGUAAAGCUAAGGUUGAUGAACGGCUUAGAAAAUUGGCUGAAGAGAAAAAAAAAGAACAACAGUCUAUUUUUUCAUAUAAUAAAUAA